AUGAGCGAAGAAGAGGCUGUCAAACUCCUUGAGAAGACGGCCAACUCAAUUGCGAGAAAUAAUCUCGCAAAUAUGGGCGAGUUUCUUGAGAAUGCGACAUUGGAAGCGUUGAUGGAUAAAACUCAGGAUCAUCUUAUGAAUGUUUUGAAAAAUGAGAAGAGAAUGUUGGAAGAGAGAACAAAAUUAAACGAUAUGGUUCAAAAAUUGACCGGGUUGCAAAAAGAAGCGGAAAAUACGGUCAAGCGCGAUCUUGCAGAGUUAGAUUUGUUGGAAGAACAGAAGAAAAAAAUAGAGGAGGACAUUGCUCGACGAGAAAAAGCCUUAGAAUACAUCGACAAAUCCGUAUACGAAGUGGAAAUGGCUCGUCUCAAGCAACUCGAAUUAUCCGCAGAGAAAAAUUCAAAAAACCGCAGAGAAGAUCCGGAAGGCUGGCUGAAUACGGAUAUUUGCAAAGAUCAAUGGCUGUUUGCCGACGGCGUUGUCGCGUUUCAAAGCAUUGAAGCUGUGAAUGAGUGUCCGAAUGGUUUCUACCAUAUAAGGACAACAAUGGGGAAAUAUUGUUGCCAUAUCGGGUUCCCUUAUCAUCGCUAUCGUGAGAGAUAUUCAAUUGCAAAUCGGACAAAGAGAGAAACCAACGAAAAAGAUUCAAAGGUUUCCGAUGAAGGGAGAAUGAAGAAGAAGCUCAAAGAUCCUAAAAUCAUGGAUUAUUCGAAGAUCAUGCUUGGCGCGGUUAUUGGCCAAGUGAUCGUCCUUAUUUGGAGUGUUCAAGCUUCUCCAAUGUCAGAUUUGCAAUCGGUGGGUGCGAGUCAAAUAAUGCCGAUUUGA